AUGGAAUUCUGGAACACCACCUUGGAGAACAUUUUCUUCCUCAUUGGAAUUCUCCAGGAUAGUAAGUCCCCUGGACUGGUUUGUGCCACAAUCACAUUCCUCUACCUCGUGGCCAUGAUCAGCAAUGGCCUUCUGCUAUUAUUGAUUGCUAAGGACAAGAGGCUCCAUGUGCCUAUGUAUUUCUUACUCAGCCAGCUCUCACUUAUGGAUUUGCUCUUUACAACUGUCAUUUCCCCAAAAACACUAGUGGAUUACUUGCAUGGACAGAGCACCAUCUCUUUUUUAGGCUGUGGAUUUCAGAUGUUUGUGAUAAUGACACUAGGAGAAGCUGAAGACAUUCUGUUGGCCUUCAUGGCAUAUGACCGCUAUGUGGCCAUUCAACAUCCCCUGAAUUAUAUGGUUUUCAUGAGACCCAAAAUUUGCUGGUCCAUGGUGGCCACAUCCUGGUUCUCAUCAUCCUUAAAUGCCCUUGUGAAUGUCAUAUACAUUACGCACUUCCCUUUCUGUAAAGCCCGGAAGAUUCACCACCUGGUCUGUGAGAUCCCUCCACUGCUGAAGCUUGCAUGUGCUGACACCACAAAAUAUCAGUUCAUAAUAUACACAAUGGGAGUGACAUUCCUCUUCAUUCCCCUCUCUGCUAUUUUUGCCUCUUAUACUCUAGUUUUGACUACUGUGUUCCACAUGCCAUCAACACAAGGGAGACAGAAAGCUCUCCUUACCUGCUCAUCCCAUCUGACAGUGGUUGGACUCUACUAUGGAGCUGCUGUAUUCAUGUAUAUUUUGCCCAGUUCUUACCAUAAUCCUCAGCAAGAUAAUAUUCUCUCUGUGUUCUAUAGUGUUAUUACUCCAACCCUAAACCCCCUGAUCUACAGCCUGAGGAACAAGGAUGUACUAGAAGCCCUGAAGAAGGUGCUAGGAAAAGGCAUCCAAAAACCAAAAUUAUAGGAGCCUAGACAUGUCUCUGCUUGAUCUCUCAGGUGAUAGCCAGUAGCUAGCAAAUUCUCUGAAGGCUUGUUUCC